CAUCUCAAUAGCGACUCUCCAAGAUGGCGGCGCCCACGGAUAGCAUGUUGUAACGUCUAAUAAAUAUUUGUUUCUUUAAUCAUAUUCUAGCGUUCGGGGUUUCAGAUGGAUACAGUAUUGAGGUUGAUACCAUCAAAUCCAGAAGACACAGGCACUCAGAGAUGCAGGUUGGGACCCAAAGCAAUGUCCCUACUUGGAGCAAAAGUAGGAUUCCCUCUCCUAAUAUCUCUACCAAAUGGCAGCUGCUUAUGCACUGCGUGGCCCAGAAAGGAUUUAUCGGACGGCUUUCUUCAGAUAGAUUUGAUGUGCUUCACUUCACAUAAACACACAACCGAAUUUAAAAAUAAAAGCAUCGGUAUCAAUCAACUAAAAAGUUUGACAUCUGUUAAACUGAAAAGAGUUACAGUAAAAGUUGUAGUAAAAAACAUUGAAGUGAAAUUAGCAACCAGCGGAACAACUUUCAAUGACCUGGUGAGGGACUUGUUGAGAAACGUAUAUGUACUGCCUCGUUGCUUUUUAUCUAUAUCAGGAAGCUCUUCGGUUGUUAAUAUUGAAGUUCUUAACAUGGAUCCUGUAACAGAUGAUGCCGGCCUUAUAACAGCAAAGACUAACAUACAUAUAGAAGAGGUCACUACUCUGGAGUGGCACCAGCAAACACUACAGGAUGUCCCUCAGUGUCAGGUUGCAGGAAUGGAUAACAUAUGCGCCUCUCUUAGAGAAAUUAUCAGUUUACCUCUAUGUUACCCUGAGACUAUAAACAAAUUAGGUCUUGCAUGUCCUAAGGGGUUACUGCUCGUUGGACCUCCUGGUGUUGGGAAGACCCUCCUGGUGAAAGCCGUAGCGAGAGAAGUUGGAGCAUAUCUAAUUAGUUUAAGUGGUUCUGCAAUUCAUGGUUCAAGACCAGGGGAGGGUGAGGAAAACUUACGGAACAUUUUCGAGAAAGCACGGGACAUUUCUCGUGGUGGCCCCUGCUUGCUGUUUAUAGAUGAGAUUGAUUCCUUAUGCCCUAAACGGGGAAAUUCAAAUAAUGCUCCUGAAGACCGCAUUGUUGCUCAGUUGUUAACGCUUAUGGAUGGCAUUCACAGCAACAACAAGAUGGUCAUUGUGGCUGCCACAAACAGACCAGAUGACAUAGACUCUGCGCUAAGAAGACCAGGUAGAUUUGACAGAGAGAUUGUUAUUGGAACUCCUACACUUACGCAGAGAAGAGCUAUUCUAGAGGUGCUGACUUCAAACAUGCCCAUCUGUAAUGAUGUUGAUUUGGAUUCCCUGGCAGAAAUGACGGUGGGGUAUGUAGGAGCCGAUCUCACAGCGCUCUGCAGAGAGGCUGCCAUGCAAGCUGUGCUUCAAGCCCAGCAGAGUUGCGAGGACAAUCUGGUCAACAGGAUGCAUUUUUCUGAAGCUUUUAAAAAGAUCCGGCCUUCUACAGCUCGGAGUUCUAUUGGGCAAGUGGAAUUCAAACCGGUCUAUUGGGAACAAAUAGGAGGCCUUGAUGAUAUUAAACUACUAUUAAAGCAGAGUAUCGAAUGGCCAAUGAAGUAUCCUGAUGCCUUUAUCAGAAUGGGACUAACAUUGCCUAAAGGAGUACUGCUUUACGGACCCCCCGGAUGCGCCAAAACGAUGUUGGUGAAAGCUGUGGCCACCAGCUGUCACUGCUCCUUCCUAUCUGUCAGCGGCGCUGAUCUUUUCUCCCCAUACGUGGGAGACUCAGAAAGGAUUUUGACGCAGGUUUUCAGACAAGCACGUGCUAGCGCCCCAGCCAUCAUAUUCCUUGAUGAGAUUGAUGCCAUCAUGGGCUCUCGCUCAGACUGCAGAUCUGGGUCUGGUGUCCAGGAGAGAAUUCUGUCUGUUCUUCUUAAUGAACUGGAUGGUGUUGGGCUGAAGACCACAGAACGCAGGGGAAAUAAAAUCCUGCUAGAAGGAGAUCAUGAUGGCUGCGAAAAUAAGAAGAUGGAGUUUCAGGAGGUUACGAACAAAUCGCUGAUGAUUGUUGCAGCAACAAACCGGCCUGAUGUCUUGGAUGAUGCUUUACUACGUCCCGGGCGACUGGAUAAACUCCUUUACGUUCCACCACCGGAUGAAAAGGCACGCUUAUCUGUAUUAAAACUCUGCACAGCUAAAAUUCCGUUAGCCCCGGAUGUGUGCCUUGAAAGCCUGGCCGCAGACACCUCUUUUUAUUCAGGAGCAGACCUCCAAAAUCUCUGCAAAGAGGCUGCCCUGGUUUCAUUGCAUGUGAAUGGACUACAGGCUACAUCUGUGAAAGUGGAGCAUUUCCAAAAAGCGUUUCAAAGCGUGAAACCAUCGCUAAAUGGAAAAGAUCUGGACGUAUAUAAAAAACUACGCGGUCGCACAGUAUCUCAUCUGGACGUGGUGAAUUGAUGAACAGUGCUUUCUUUUUCUGGACUCUUUUCGGUUGCAGCGCAUCAAAGUAGACUUUUAGAUCUAAAUAAUUGAAUAUUAACAAUGCAUGCGUUUUAAUUCUGCAAGAAAGGACAAAAAGUUACAGACCAUCUAAUAAGAAUUGCAAGGAACAGACGUGUUGCCAUCCUGCAAAAUGGUCUCUUUCGUGACGACUCACAGCAGAUAGGGUACAGUUUAUGGGAUAUUAUAUAUAUU